AUGAAGGCGUCCGUGACAUACACAACGAGGGGGACAUACCUCGGGAAGAGCAACACGAAAGACCUCUAUUUUCCAGUAAUUAAUUAGCACUCUCCCUUACCCCCAUCCGCCACUCAUACUCCUCUCGGCGGGGUAUCCUGGGAAGCAGUAUUUCUACCGCGUCUAGAACAUCGAGCAUGAUGCAAGCACUUGAAAAAGCCAAAAAGUCUAUCGCAACGGACUAUACAUGGCAGCGGGCUAGACAGCUCACCGUGUCCGGCGCCCGUGCCCUUCCCGGUGCCGCUGCCGAAUAUGUGACCGACAAGUUCCCCAUCAUCGGCUGGCUGCCUCGAUACCGACCUCGCUGGCUAGUCAACGACGUGAUCGCGGGGCUGACCAUAGGGUUGAUGCUGAUUCCCCAGGGCCUGUCGUACGCCCGGAUCGCCACAGUCCCGGUCCAAUACGGCCUCCUGUCCUGCUGGUUCCCCCCAAUGCUUUACGCACUCAUGGGGACAACAAAGGAUCUGUCUACCGGCCCGACGUCCCUGAUCAGCCUCCUGACGGCCGAGACCAUCGAGUCUCUGCAAGGCGGGGGUUGGUCUGCCCAGGAAAUCGCGUCUGCGGUUGCCAUGAUGAUGGGGAUCUACGGGUUAGUCAUCGGUCUGCUGAAGCUGGGGUUCCUGCUCGACUUCAUCUCGCUCCCGGUCCUCAGUGGCUUCAUCUCGGCCGUCGCCAUCACCAUCAUCCUCAAUCAGAUGGACUCGCUCCUCGGCGAGCCCGACGUCCGGGACGGCACGGCGAACCAGAUCCACGACGUCUUCCAGCAGCUGCCGCGGGCCAACGGGUAUGCCUGCGCGGUCGGCUUUACCGGCAUCUUGCUCCUCGCCGCGCUGGACCGGGCCGGGAGACGAUGGGGGAAGAGGAACAAGGUGGUCUGGUUCCUCUCCAUCACCCGCGCCUUCAUCACCCUCGUCAUCUUCACCGGGGUCGGGUACGCCGUCAACAAGUCGCGCGGCAGCCCGGACAGGUUUCUGUUCGACGUCACCCAGGUCUCCUCGGCAGGCGGUCGGGGCAUCCAGCACCCGCGGGUGCCCGACGCCGGGCUGCUAUCCCGGGUGGCGGCCCGGAGCGUGGCCGUCUUCGUGGGGAGCGCGGUAGAGCACACGGCCAUCGCCCGCAGCUUCGGCGUGAGGAACGGCUACAUUGUGGACCAGAGCCAGGAGCUCACGUACUACGGCGCGACCAACGUCGUCAACAGCUUCUUCCACGCCCACGGCGUCGGCGGCGCCAUGUCGAGAACGGCAGUCAACUCGGCCUGCAACGUGCGCUCGCCCCUCUCCGGCUUCGUCGCCGCCGCGGUCGUGCUCGUCUCCAUCUACGAGCUGCUCGGGACGCUGUACUGGGUGCCCAAGGCCACUCUUGCCGCCAUCAUCAUCACGGCAUGCUGGCCCCUGAUCAGCCCGCCGUCGGUCUUCUACCGGUACUGGCGGGCGUCGCUCGCCGACUUUGUCUCCUCGAUGAUCGCGUUCUGGGUCUCCCUCUUCGUCUCGACCAGCGUGGGCAUCGCCAGCGCCGUCGGGUUCAACAUCGUGUACGUCCUGCUCCGCCAGGUCUUUGCCCGGGUGGCCACCAUCCCGGAUCCUCCUCGGUCCGAGCUCGCGGCCGCCCUGGACGAGUCCAGAGACUACCCGUCGUCGGUGCCGGCGGACACGCGCGUCUUCCGGCUGACCGAUUCCCUCUUCUUCCCCAACUCGUACCGGGCGAAGACGGCGAUCAUGGACACGAUCAAGACUCGCCAUGCGCCCGCCCUCGGUAGCGCCGAGAACCCGGAGGCCGGGAAGAGGAACUGGUCCGUCAGUCGGGAGAAGCACGUGGCCAAGCUUCGCCGACGCGAGGGCAUCGCCGAGACCGCCGUGCUGCCGCCCAUCCGGGUCAUCGUCAUCGACUUUCAGAGGGCCAACCACGUCGACACUACGGCGUGCGUGCAUCUCGAGACCAUGCUCUCGGAGAUCAGGGCAUAUGGGGGCUCCGGCGUCUCGAUCCGCUUCUCGGGAAUGUCCGAGUACGUGCGACGGCGCUUCGAGCGUGCGGGGUGGACCUUGGUCGGCGGCGGCAGCGACGACGCCGAGACUUGUGCCGGGCGGCAACAGGAAGGCCUAGUGGUCCGGACCUAUCGCAACGCCUUGUCUGCGGUCAAUGGCUCGCGGCAGGAGCAGGCCCCAACCCAGGCCGAAAGCGAGGGGGACGAAAAGGGGGGAGCGGCCGUUGCGAGACAUGUCGAAGAAGUGGAUCCGUGAGGAGCGCCCAUGACGGCGAACUUGGGUUC